CACCUGUUGGCCUCAGCAGUACUUGCUGGGUUCUCGACCGUGCGGCACCUUUCGCCCGUCGUUGCCGACGAAGCGACGACGACUUUCCGUUUCUCAAAGUAUUCUCCAAGUAUUCGCGCGUGCGCGUCUAGUUUGACGAUUUUCGCCAAUCUUCGAAUUCCAAUAUUCCUCAUCGAGGAAUUCCGAUACAUCCGGUACCGGAAGAAGGAACCGGAAAAAAAGGGGCCCUCGGAGCGAGGCCCUUCGCCUUCGAUCUGAAGAAACACGACGCUCCUCAUCGGACGAAGACGAAGAGAAGGGAAGGAAGGAAGGAAGGCGGGGAAGCUAACCGGUCGGUCGCGCUUUCCGCGGAUUCCGGAGCCGGAUUGUAUGCAAAUAACUUGCGGAAAUAUCUUCGUGCGAAUUGCAGCUGGCCAAAAGGACUCGGUUGCCCCAUUCCUCGAGCAAGAAUCUUCCUUCUCGUGCGGAUUUUCGCGAUCCUAAACAGACGCGGGAUCUUCAAUCAAGGCGCUUCACAAGUAUGAAAAGGAAAGUCCGAAGUCGACGAUGCGCGUAAACGGGCAUUCGGAACACAGUGCGAGGCAAGAAAUGGAUGAGAUGCUGGAGUGCGAGACCGGGUCUCUUUUGGGCAGAGUAGCGGAUCUCGAGAGGCAAUCCUUGGCGCAGAGGGACGAGAUAGUAUGUCUUCGCGCCACUCUUGCGGACGCGCUAAGACGAAUCGCCCAGCUCGAAGCGAGAGAGAAGCGGGAGGAUGAUAGGAACGAGAGGAGAAACGAGAGGAUGGUGUCCUCGCCUCUAAGAAACGGCCAUGUACCUCUCAGAAGUAGUCAAAAUUCGGUGCCACAAAAGGACUUGAGGUUACGCCAGACUGGCGGUCCCAGAAAUUCCACCACUUCUUCAGGAUCGUCGCAGGACAUCCGCGACGCGACGUUCAGUUCGAGACGGCCUGCCAGCUAUGUACAUCCCUCCCAACUUCCUCAAAGGAGAUCCGUCCAUUAUCAGUCAACGGGCUCUUUGCAUUCGGAUAGUCCGAGUAGUAGUAGUGUUUCUCCGGUGCCAUCGCCAAGUCCUAGAGCUACACCACUGCCUGUAGCCAGAUCGCCCACGGCAAGAUCAAACGGACCGCCGCAAAGUAGCUUAAGAAGAGCGAAGAGAUGGUCGUCCACCGGCGAUUUUACACACUCUCCGCAAAACCAGGGAAGCAAUUCCCAGCUCGUCGGCACCAGAUUGUCUGCGUCUACCAAGUCCCUGUUCAACCUGUUUAAGCCACCGGCGAUGAACAACGUCAAGCACGGCACCAGAGAUAUGCAGUACAACGAGGAGGAGGGCACCGUUCGCAUGUAUUUGCGCGGCCGACCGGUCGUCCUUUACGUCCCUACGCCCAUGGUAGAAACCUACGAUCUUCACAAAGUUAGCACACCGCCGCAGAGUAAAUUGAAGCUCGACUGGGUGUACGGGUACCGGGGCCGAGACUGCCGUAGUAAUUUACACCUGCUGCCGACUGGCGAGAUCGUAUACUUCGUCGCGGCGGUCGUCGUUUUGUAUAACAUGGAGGAACACAGUCAGAGGCAUUAUUUAGGUCAUACGGACGACGUUAAGUGCUUAGCGAUUCAUCCUAACAAAUUGAUCGUCGCGACAGGACAGGUGUGCGGGACGGAUCGUCGAGAUGCUAUGCCACACAUCAGAAUAUGGAACUCCGUGAGCCUAACGACUCUCAGCGUGAUCGGCAAUGGCGAAUUUGACGGAUCGAUUUGCUGUCUGUCAUUUUCCAAGGCUGACGGUGGAAGUUUCCUGUGCGCCAUCGACGAGACCUCGGAUCACAAUAUAUCGAUCUGGGACUGGCAGAAGAGUGACCGCGGCACCAAAAUGACAGAAACUAAGUGCUCUGUCGACACGGUGGUUUGCGCCGAAUGGCAUCCGUUGGAACGAAAUCAGAUCGUCUCCUGUGGAAAAGGACACGUGUCGUUCUGGUCCUUGGACAAUGGUGGUAUGUUGUACAAACGUAUGGGCGUCUUUGAGAGCAGGGAUAAACCCAGGUAUGUUACCUGUGUCGCCUUCAAUCAAAACGGCGACGUUCUCACCGGCGACAGCAAUGGCAACAUCAUUGUUUGGGCUCGAGGCACUAAUACAAUCUCAAGGCUAAUGAGGAAUCUUCACGAAGGAUCAAUUUUCUCAAUAUGUGUUCUGAAGAAUGGAAACAUUAUAACGGGAGGCGGAAAGGAUGGUCGGAUUUUACAUUUUGAUGCAUCCUUAAAUCUGACUGGAGAAGAUGCCCAGAUCGAGGAUCAUUUUGGAGGAAUUCGGACGCUUUCGGAAGGAAGGGGCACUCAGUUGUUAGUCGGCACGACGAGAAAUUGCAUUCUCGUCGGCGACGUUGAAAUGGGUUUCAACCCAGCUAUGCUAGGCCACGCCGAAGAAGUUUGGGGACUUGCGGCUCAUCCGACUUUGCCACAGUUUGCGACCGCGGGACACGACAGAUUAUUGCAGAUGUGGGACAGUCUGAGCCACACCGUGGUGUGGAGCAAAGACAUCGGGGAACAAGCACAAAGUAUCGCUUUCUCGCCGGAUGGCAAUAUCAUAGUUGUCGGUUGUGUGUCCGGGAAAUGGCUAGCUAUUGAUAGUGAAACACGAGAAUUGUACACACAUCAUAGCGAUGGUUCGGAGCCUAUUCAGGUCGUUCAAUUCUCACCUGAUGGUACUCUACUCGCACUCGGCUCUAGAGAUAAUUAUAUUUAUAUUUAUCAGGUGAAUGAAGAUGCGACCAAGUAUAGCCGCGUCGGGCGGUGUAUGGGACACUCGAGCUUUAUAACUCAUCUGGACUGGUCCGUGGAUGGUCAGUACCUGCGUAGUAACAGCGGAGAUUAUGAAUUGCUGUAUUGGAAUCCAGGGGUGUGUCGUCAAAUACCGCAAUCUUCAACGUUAAGAAACGUUGAUUGGGCAACCCAUACCUGCGUAAUAUCAUUCGAGACAAUAGGCAUUUGGCCAGAAGGUGCCGAUGGUACUGACGUAAAUAAUUGCACUCGAAGUGGCGACGGUAAGCUCUUAGCUACGGGUGACGAUUUUGGAAAAGUCAAGUUAUUUUCUCAUCCAGCAUGUCAGCCGAAGUCACUGUACCAUUCUUAUGGCGGUCAUUCGAGUCACGUGACGAACGUCUCAUUUCUGCAAGAUGAUUCCCGAUUGGUAUCGACUGGCGGUGCUGAUACUAGCGUUCUUCAAUGGAUAGUUAAUUAAGAAAACCGCCUGAAGCGAAUAAUUUUUACAAGUGCACUUCAAAAUCAAAGAAAAGAAAAGAAUGUCAUCGCGCCGCUUAGAAUGAAAGAUACCGCACGAUCUACUUAAUUGCGACGAUGAGCACAUUGUGGCUUCUAUGUUCUUUAAAAGAUCAAAAAUAGGAUUAUCCUUUCGCUUCGACUUUCCAACAUCAGGAUACCGUCCGCUGCACGAUUUGCUUAAUCGUGAUAAACACGGUCUUUUUUAAACGGAUUCUAUCUAUUUGAAGAUGGAAUCGACGUUUAACGCUUCAAUUGUUAGCUCAAUUGUUAACUUUGUCGUCAGACGGAAAAUAUUCAAAUAUGUUUUUCAUACAUAUAUUUCAUUCAUACAUACAUUUUUCAUAAAACAUCUCAAUGCUCCAUGUACGAAUGCGUUUCCUUUUCGUAUCAGUGUAUGUGAUAGCACCAAUGUAAUAUUUCUCAUAUCAUUGUAUCUGACAUGCACAACAUUAAUGGACAAGUGCCUCUGCACGAUCAACAUGGUUACUUUGAAAGCGAUGGAGCAGUAUUUUUUUGUUAAUAUAUUGCGACAAUUUUUGUUAAUUUUAUUAAUUAAAGCAGAGAUUCGUUCUGCGACGCUUUACUGAUUUAUCUUUACGUUUAGAGAAAAAGAGUCUCUUUAUUUUUUUGCACAUAUACUGCUGCUCUGUUAUUUUUGUACCAAACAUUUUCUUUUCUUGAUCACAAUAAGAAAAUUGUCGAUUUAAUAACGUAAAAUAAUUCGAUUUUAUUUUUAGUUAAUUUUGUAUGCAUACAUAUAAAGCAAAUGAUCUUUGAAUGUUUCCAAAUAAUACGUAAAUAGAUGUAUUUUUUUUUUUUUUUCCUGAAAGUAUACGUGCACACAUAUACACAUGCACGCAGUAUGUCGUGCAUUAAUCAGCGAGUAGAGAUUUUGAAACAUAGAAGCUAUUAUAAAAUAUCAAUUCGAGAUACAAUUGAAUUUUAUUUAAAAUAUAAAAUUAAACAUAUGUUUAUCUAAAACUAUAAAAUUUCUCCAAAUAUAUUUUAUUUAUGUACAUGUAUAUUUUAUAUAUGUAUAUACACACAUAUAAAUAUAUAUAAAACUAGGAGCGAAACGGAGAAAUAAAUUAUUCUCUCAAAAAUUAUAAAUAAUAGAAUAUUUUAAAAAAUUUACGUAUAUCAUUCUGCAUAUAAUUAUGCGCGACAUACUUAUAUGUGUGUGCAUAUAAUAUUCUUAGAUUCAAGCUAAAUAUCUUAAAUAUAUCUACGCGCGCAAUAUGCGAUGUCGAAAGAUACUACGAUGAAUCUCGAGCAGAGAAGCGUGCGCUUUUUCAUAGAGAACGUACGAAAGCAACUUAUCAUGAACGAAGGACCAAGACUUUUCACGGUCAAAAGGACAAAAGACCUUUCUAAUGCGAAGGGCUUCAUAAAAGAGCUCGAAAUGGCUCCUCGAAAAAUCUCGCAAAAGAGAACGAUUCACAGUGCCGUAAUAUGCCGUCCAAUAGGAAAUGUACGCAGCAUAAGUCCAUAAUUCGUAUAUAUGCUUUUGACGCGGCGAAACUGUCACGAUCGAAACAGUAAUGACGAUUAAAACAGACUAAGUUGCGGAUAGAAAAAGGGAAAAAAAUAAAAUUGUACUUUUUGAGCCCGUAUGACGAAUGUAUAUACGAUACCUUCUCUGCUUUUCCCCCUUUUUGGCAAGAACUAAUUUACCAAAGUGUAAUAGAGAGCAAGAGAGAGAAUAAUCACUUUUUAUUUUCACUCAUCGUCAGCGUGUAAGAUAUAUCUAUAUAUUUUAUUUAUGUCACGGUAAGAUGUAUGCGUAUACAUUAUGUAUGUACCGUCAAUAGAUAAUAAAUCAUCUUCAAGACGU